GCCUCGUUUCUCAAUACAGUCCAGAAUAUAUUAAUUAGUAGAGCUUAGCAUACCCGUAGUAUGGUUGUCAAACUAUGCAGGUGGGAGUUCAUUGACCAAAGCGGUGAGAAAAAUAGGGGAGGGGAGGAGCCUGUGGUGCUUUGUCAUUAGGUGUCAGCCAAUCAAUGAACAUUGACAGGACAAUGUAGGAUUGUUUGACCAGUUUUCCCUCGGUCACGACCACUUGAUAACGCGUCGGCGCUCAUAUGCAGGUUUUCCUACUGGACUUCAAAAUGUUGCAUGUAGCAGGAAACAAGCGCACCACCGUAACGCGAGGCUUCGUUCUAUGGCUUCUAUUGACCAACAUCAUGAUUCUCGUAUAUCGCUUGACUUUGCCAAUGCAAGUGGACAUCAGAGAUGCCACUUGUACCCUCAACAUGGGCAAACCAUUCAACGAGAACCUUCCCCGGCCUUCUCGAAGGCUCCAGACGGACACGUGCGCUCCUUCGGGGAACAUCAUGUUCCUAAAGACGCACAAAACAGCCAGCAGCACUCUUCUCAACAUCCUCUUCCGCUUCGGAGAAAAACACAAACUCAAGUUCGCCUUCCCCAACGGCCGCAAUGACUUUUUCUAUCCGUCGCCUUUCCGUCGCUGGCAAGUGAAGAGCUACCAACCCGGCCAGUGCUUCAACGUAGUGUGUAACCACAUGCGCUUCCACCCCGCUGAGGUGGGGGCGCUGUUGCCCCCCGACGCCACCUACGUCACCAUCCUGCGCCAUCCGGCCUGCGUCCUGGAGUCGGCCUUCCACUACUACCACAGGGCUGUGCCCUUUACUUGGAAAAUAGGUGGCCGCGACAAACUGGAGGAGUUCCUCAGGAGUCCUCGGACCUACUACAGUGCUCACGCCUACAACGCUUUCUACCUGAAGAACUUGCUCUUAUUCGACUUGGGCUCGGACAACAACUUGGACGCGGACCAUCCCGACGUGACGGAGGCCAUUCAGAGUUUGUCCCAAAGGUUCCACCUGGUGCUCAUUGCGGAAUAUUUUGACGAGUCGCUCAUCCUCCUGAAGGAGACGCUUUGCUGGAGCAUGGAGGAUAUUUUGUAUUUCAAACUUAAUGCUCGCAUGAGCGCCUCCGUCUCUCGUCUGACCCCAGAAUCCAGGGCCAGGGCUUUGGGGUGGAAUGGCGCCGACUGGAGGCUCUACCGACACUUCAACGCCACCUUGUGGGACAAGGUGGAGGAGUACGGGCGGGAGAGGAUGAAGCGGGACGUGGCCGAGCUCCGAAGGAGAAACGCAGAGAUGAGAGCAUUGUGCUUGGAAGGGGGAGAGGCGGUGGAGGCGCUACGCAUCAGAGACCGCCGCUUCCUACCCUGGCAGCCCCUGGGAGUGAAGUCCAUCCUGGGAUAUAACGUGAGGAAAGACAUCCAUCCCGAGUUUAGGAGCACAUGUGAGAAGAUGCUCACGCCGGAAAUACAAUACUUGGCGGACUUGGGGGUCAGUCUCUGGCUUACGAGACUUUGGGGAUGGUUAAAAGAUGCCAUUUCCUAAGGCCCGCCCCAAAUUCAUGGAGUUGAGCAGCCUUGGGCCGACACCAGGUCGUAUAAUCCGCAUCCCUCUUCUCCUCUGAGAGCAAUCCAUAAUUUUUUUUGGAGGUGCAGCAAAUUCCACAGUGAUUUUAUUGAACUGACUGUAUAAUUGCGUGAUUAUUUCAAAGUUGUCAUAUGCCGCUUACAUAAAGGCUUCAAUGUAAUUCA